UCUUCAUCCGAUUAUGAAAAAAGAUCUCUCAUUUUUCGUUAUUUCGCCACGAGUUGUUAUCAAUGGUGGCAACAAGGUGAAAAAGAAGAAACCGAAUUCUCCCGACACCGGACCCGGACCCGACGACAACGUGUAAACCGAGUUCGAGCGGCUGCCCACACUUUACUUCUCAAUGACUACUUUAAUACUCCGUGUGUUUAUACACUGGGGGAUUUUAGUAAUCGUUUUCGGAUGAGUCGUCCUCUCUUUUUACGCAUACUCGCCGAUGUUGAGUGCGAGGUGCCUUGGUUCACCCAACGCUUUGACACGAGAGGCCGACGCGGGAUUAGUAGUGUCCAGAAGUGCACUGCCGCGCUUCGCCAGAUGGCGUACGGGACGACAUCUGAUAUGUUCGACGAAUACUUGAAGAUGUCAUCUCAGAGCAUCAGUCCGCUCAGUGCAUUGGUGUCAUCGGUCGUGGCUGGAGGCAGUAAGGAUUUCCAGAAGCAGCUUAUGGAUGCCGGAGUUUAUGGGUAUUUGCAGAGGUUUGCCGUCAUAUGCGACCGGAGUGGAAGCCAAAAGGUACAGUAGUCGCAUCACUUUGGACCGCACAUUUCGCCCAUUAGCUUCCUGCAUACUCUUUCUACGGAUGACACGGUGAAGCUUCCCGCAUACAGUUUCUUUUGAAGAAAGAAAAUUUCAACCUUAUUUAUAAAGAAGUACAUAUCUCGAUCGUAGCAUUUUGUUACUAAAAUUCCGCCGGAUCAGCGGAUCUUCGCCUGGAAGCAGCUUGAAGACGGCCGGACCCUUUCCGACUACAACAUCCAAAAAGAUAAAAAUUAGAUCGGGUUUGGCUUCUAGACUUCUCAAGCUAUGCUCAAUAUGUGUUCGAAGAAUUGCCUCACAGAGUAACAGAGAUGUAUGGUCCAGGAAAUCAGCAAUGGCAUCUUAAGGCAGAAGUUUGUUCGGGGUAUUUUUGCCAAAUUCACAAAACGAGUGAUGCCCUGAGGAGGAUAGUGGUGGCUUGGAUGGGUAUGGAGGAAGCAGUGUUCAAAGGUCCCGGGGACUUCGGACGAACAAGGUGGGAGACAAUAACGCCGGCUAACCUUCAACCCUAGCCUCGCUGGAUUCUGGCGGCACGGAGGGGCUUUGACCGGAAAUUACAGUGCAUCGAUUGGUCUGCGAUCAAUGAGAAGUCAACGAGCUCAACCAGCUCCGGCCAAAUACUCUAACGGUAGAAGCCAGAUUUCAUCUCAAUCUCCUAAAAGCAUGAAAAAGAUCCGGCUAAAGCAUGGGUGUAUGGUAUAUAGACAAGACGGACGAUAUUAGAAGCGAAAUUGGUUGAAAAUGCUAUUUGGAAGGAAGAGUUGCAUCAGUUGCUGGUCUAAAAUUAGUUCUAGGAUGAUUUGGCUAUUCUUUUAUAGGGCGGCAGAGAGCUUAUUCAAGUCCAAAGGACUAUUUUUGGUCUUUGGUCCUCUCUCUGCAAACUGGGCGACGAAAACCUUUGCCAGCCAAGGGUUUCAAAAGUAGCCAGGACGACAACAAUUGGAUUUCACUGGGGCGAAGAAGGUCAGGUUCUUACACAACUUUAAUUUCAAAUUCAAUUUAAUUUGGCUCCAAAAAAUGGAUUCAGACUGAGUUUAUGGACUCCGUUCCUAGGCAGAGGUUGAUAGAGUUGGACAUAGGCAGUAAUCUACGGUCAUAUAUCUUUCUUUGUUCAUAUUUAUUUUAUAUUUUUAAUUUUAUCUGAAACCUCAAAAUGAAUUUGCUGAAUGUUGAUGCAUCUUGACCGAAUAUUAAGUAAUGUUCUCUUCUCUUUUGUAUUAGCUUUUUUUAUUUAUAGGUUUGUUUAGAAAUUAUGCACUAUGAAUUUUAAAAUGCGCAUAUGAUGGUUUAUCAAGAGGGUAUGUGGCUACAUUGAGUUAUUACAUUUUGUGUUUCAUUUUCGUGUCUUUAAUGAGAUUGUAGAGGCAAAGCUGAAUUCAACACUCAAGAUUAUUUUGACUUUUUAUGAGAUUGUAGGGAUGAAAUUGAGAUGAAUACUUCACUUGAUUCAUCAGUUUGUGUGUUGAGGCAUAUGGAAGGACUAUGUGAUAUUCAUGUUGAGGUAGAGUUUACCAUAUAAUUUUUUUGGUUGUAUUAAUUUUUCAUUCUUAAUAGAGUGAAAACUCGCUCAUAUUCUUUUACCUUUGUAUCAAAAGCUAUACCUAUAUAUCUCUAUUAACUUCUUUAGGAAGGUUUGAAUGUCAAUGCCUGAACUCACCGCCUCCCCUUUCCUUGAAAAAAUUCACAAAAACUUUCUGGUGCAAUCCAAGAAAAAUAGGAAGAGGCUUGGGUCUUUUUAAUUACUAUCUCUUUUGAUAGCUUUCCCUCCUGUUGAAAUGAGUUGAUUUCAGUUUUACUAAGACACUUAUUAAAAAAUAUUCUCUAUCUUA